UUAUUGCUAUUACUCUCGGAUUUUGGCAUUUAUUUUUUGAAAUUCGACAAUUUAUAUAUUCGCCACUAGAAUAUUUCGCAACUGCUUGGAAUUAUUUUGAUCUUUGUGCCAUAUUAUCUUCUAUAAUAACAUCAAUUCUAUGGUUAUAUAAUGGCAGUGCUCCAUCAUGGGCUAUUACCUAUUCAACACUAUUUCUUGAAUUAAAAUUUAUUCUUUAUUUUAGAGCUACAUCAUUCGUUGGUGUUUAUUUUGCUACAAUUAUUGGAGUUGCACAAAGUGCAUUUUCCUUUUUGGUGUUAUUGGGAUUUAUCUUGUUUGCAUUUGCCCACUCGUUACAUCUUUUAUUACGACCUGAAACUAAAGUGUCUCUAGAUUAUCCAAGUUAUUCAUCUGAUCCAAAUGAUCCUUGGAAUUUGGCUACAACAUAUAAUUCAAUAGCUUCAAAUAAUACUAUUGAAGAAAGUGCAUCACUUAUUGAACCACCAGAUUCAAAUACAAAUAUGUUUAUGUGGUUUGAUUCAUCGAUUUUGGCAGUUUAUAUAAUGCUUACAGGCGAUUCGAGCCCCCUUUCGUCUUGGGUUUUACGUGAAAAUUAUCCAUUAGUUAUAAUAAUGGUUUUAUUUUCAUUUUUCACGACAGUUUAUUUAAUGAACCUGUUUAUCACAUUACUUGGUAAUGCAAUUGAUGAAACGACCAACAAAGCAGCUUUUUUAACAUUAAGAGCAGAGAUAUUUACUGUAGAGGUGGAAACAACAAUUAUACGGCAGCAAGUUUCUUUUACCAGAGUUAGUGUCACUCGCACAGUAGCAGCAUAUGGAAAUGACAUUAACUUCAUAGAAAAAAAUGUAAAUCGAUAUUUUUCUUACAAUAUUGUGCACUUAGAUAAUUACUUGACGGAUAUAUCGCAUAUCAGAUACUAA